AUGCACAGAGUUCGUACGUCGCGUCGCAUACCGCCCCUGGAGGACGGUGAUAUCGACCAUGAAAUCAAACUCGUCGACCACUCGGCCUCGAUACAAGGUUCGUCGGAGCCUCUGAAUGCCGAAACAGACAAUGCUGUCGAAGACAUGGCCGAUCAUUCUGCCUCUUCCGCCGACCCACCCCUGACUGCUCUGACAUCAGAGGGAAGCCAGGCUUGGCUGCGGGACGGCGCCGCACCACCGCCAACGAACGAUGUUGCUUCGGCCGCGGACAAGACUUCGACAGAUGGAGGAGGUGUUGCAGAACCCCCACACCCAUCGAAAGAUUCCGAGACCGCGAUCGAUAUACUUUACGAGAACGAGCGAGGUGGCUUCUUGUGCGGCAUACCACUCUUCUCUGCUGCUGCGUUGGGCAACCUCGAUCCACCAGCAUGGACCAACUAUGCCCAUAGGCCCAGCCCGACCAACCCCAAGACCGCCCAAGUGCCAGAUCCGAGCUGGGAAUGGGCAUGGCCAGAGUGGCAGGUGAAUCAUGAUCCGGAAACCAAAGCCGAUGCGGAAGGCUGGGAAUAUUCUUUCAUGUUCCAUAAGAAGUUCUCCUGGCAUGGCCCCAAAUGGUGGAAUUCGUUUGUUCGGAGGCGGGCUUGGAUUCGACGUCGUGUAAAGAAGGGUAUCGGAUAUCAAGCCAAUGACCCGCAUUUGCUUAACCCGGAGUACUUCACAGUGUCAUCUCCCAUGAAGCAUCGCAAGAGUAUGAGUGCCGCCAGCAGUCUCGUCGCAAGCACAGGAGCUUCAUGCCAAGUCUACGAAGAAGAUUUCGACGAAGAGCAGCAGGCGGACAUUGAGACCAUUGGGACAUUGAUGGAAAUGCUGCGACGCUCACGCAUCGACCGUGAGAAGCUCAAUGUCGUGCAGAACUACCUCGAGCACGGAACGGACAACUUGCUUCAACUCCAGGAACACAUGCACGAGAUUAUGUCCAUUUUCGUCUUCCAGGCCUCCCGGCGGUUGCUGCUGACAAAACUCACCAAUUUCCACGACGAAGCUACGAGGCAGCAACAAACGGACGGCUCCUCCGAGCUGGGGGAAAGGGUAAAGAACCUGGCAACGGCUGUAGAACAUGCUGACGAAGAAGUACGGAGGCUUGAGUUUUGGAGUGACGUCAAGGGCAUGGCUGAAAAUGGUGAGUCUCAUGGUGCGGUGGAUGACGGGAAGGGAUGGAAAGGUGGUUUCGAAGGUAUAGACAAGAGCGGCCCUGUCGGAGCUAACAAGAAGGAGAUUCCGUAA